CAGCGACUCAGACGAGAGGUUAAGAUUUGGCAUGACUUGCGACACGACAAUGUUAUCGUGUUCCUCGGCUGGACGCUGGGGCGCAUUGGCGAUAAAUUACGCGUGGCUCUGAUAUCAGAGUGGGCUGAAGGUGGAAACGUGAAGGAUUUCUUGCGCAGUAACCCACUUGGAGACCGCCCUCACCUCGUUCGGGGAGCAUGUCGAGGACUGGCGUAUCUUCAUUCAUGCAGCAUAGUUCAUGGGGACAUCAAACCGGAAAAUAUACUUGUUCUCGGAGCGAAUCGUAAUGCCCAACUCUGCGAUUUUGGGCUCUCCUCUAUCCUCGACGAUUUCACAACUCACGCAGAGACGUCAAGCGUGAUGAGCACUCCUAGGUACGCUGCCCCGGAACUAGUAGGGAAUGUCAUCACCAGACGAAAUGAGGGCAGCGAUAUUUGGGCCUUUGGGUGCACAGCUGUGGAGGUGAAGUUGUGCCAAGAAAUAUGA